AUGUCUUCUUUUGUCAGAACCUCCAACUACAAUUAUGGAUACAAUUAUGGUGGAUACAGGAACGGCUAUAACACUAACUAUGGUUACGGUACUGGCUACAAUACUGGCAGAAAUGGUGGCUACAGUAAUUACUAUAGAGGCAGCUACGGCAGCUACCCUAGUGCCAGUAGUGGUGGUUACUAUGACUACAACACCGGAAACAGUGGUGGCUACAGUAACUACAAUAGCAACGGUGGCUACAAUAACUACGCUAGUGGCGGCUAUAGAAAUGGUGGCUACAGCAACUACCCAGCCAACAACUACUAUUCAUCUUCGGCACAGACCAGAUACCAGAUGCAACAGGAACCAGCAUCACAACGAGCUUAUCCCCAGAAUGUGGAAUACCCAAAAAAUUCUGGAUACUCUAAUGUAGCACCAGCAUCGCCAGCUGCACAACCUGCGAGACAAACGUACGCUUACGACACUUCAAGCACUAACGAGGCUACAAACACAAACACUAUUCUGGACGAAGCUAAAUCAGAUUAUGUGCCAUCCAAAAAGAACGCAUUGAGACGUUCAAGGAACUAG